AUGUCCGUUGAGAUUUCUGAUUGGUUUGACGACAUAAGUCUUUCCGUCAAGUUCGACUUCAUGGGACGUCAUCACUUCCUCGACAAUCUCUCCGACGUCACAGAGACGAACGUCGAUUCCAGAUUCCUUGAUUCCAGCAUUGGUGGCCUCACGAACCGCCUCGACGAGUGGAUCGAAUUUCGGGUCGAAGUGAACGGUGAAAGCGGAGUCGAUAAGACGUCCACGGACGUGGAUACCGUAAUCGAUCUUGCAAACAUCUCCAUACUGAAGGACAGUCGUAUCACCCGCGUUUGGUGUGUAGUGAGCGGCACAGUGAUUGAGAGAGCAUCCAGUUGGGAAGGCGAGUCCCGCUUCGAGUCCUUGCUCCUUGAUGAGACGGCGAGAUGUCGUUUCGAGGCGUUCGCUGGAAAUUGGGAGGUGAUAUGA